AGUUGCUAGAAAACAUCUCACAACUAACAGUCGUGGUAAUUUCACUUAGUUUUAAUGCAUAUUUAAAACGUAUUCCAUAAACUGAAAAUAUUAAAAAGUGUUAAUUUAUAUAUUUAAGAAAAAUUGUGUGAUAAAACUAUUUUUGCAGCUACAGAAUUUAGUGAAAAAUUACGGGUUCAAAGUUCAUAUUACGCGUUCAGAAAAGUGUUAAACAAAGAAAAUUCCCAGGUCUGGCAAAAAGUUCAUUUAGUUCAUCACGAAAAAAUAAUUAAACAAUACCUGAAUACCUGAUUUGCGAAACCAAGAAAAAUUUUUCAAAAGAGAAAUUGUCAGUUUGGAUAUGUCAUGUCAGCAAGCAACGAGACUUAUAACAACACCGUCACCAGUUAUACCUGAGGAUCCUUAUGUAUUUACUGACACAGUGUCAACACCUCCUAUUUUAUUUAACACACAGAAAUCUGCAAGAGCCCGAUUAACAGAUAUUCAAAUUGCAACAAAUGGUCUUACAUUACCGACGAGAUCAAUUAGUAGUCAACAAAAAAUAUCGUUUGCGCAGUUAAACGAUAAUUUGCCAAAGACGCAGGCGUCUUUAGCGGAAAGCUUAAUCGGAACAGUAACACAAGCUAUUACUCCAAUAACAACAACAACCAAUGUAGCAUCAUUAAAAAACUCAUCUCAAUGUCAAAAACAAAUACACAAAGUUCAAAUUAAACAACCAUUGCAACAGCAAAAUAAUAUAAUUCAAUCGUCUAAUUUAUGCAUAAUACGCUUGCAGAACCAAUCUAGUAAUCAAUCUACGCAACUACUUCAACACACUCCUUCAUUAUGGCAAACUCCAUUAAUUUUGGAUUCGCCACCGUUGGUGAGUCCACCAACAUCACCCGCAUCGUUACCAUCUCCAACGGCCUCAUCGGCAACGAUCACGACACCUCCAGCAAUGGGUGUUGUAACUACGCAAGCAGUUGUAACAUCCCAAGCUACUUCUUUGCCACCUUCCAAUUUUCAUCAUACAACAGUAGCGCAGCAUCUUCAAAAGUUGCAGUGCAUCAAAAAUACCAAAAAAGGUACCGCAGUAAACAACACAAGCAAGCUAAAUACAAGCACAGAAGAGUCACAGCAGUUGAACACAUUUAUUUGCGUAUCUGAACCACCUCCAUUACAUGCUUUGGAACAGCGAAAACAUUCCGAUACUGAUUUACAAGAAGUUUCAGUUAAGAAAAUUUCCAGUAAAACAGAAUCACCACAUGAAAUUCCACAAAAAAAUUUAAAUGGUAACACUCGGGCCAGCAUAACGGAAAAAUCUAUACAGAAAUUGAAAUUAUUGGAUAUAUCGUCAAUAUCCCUACCAGCAGCUUUAACUGUUGAUAAUAAAUCAGAAGUUUCAAACAGUUUAUCCGCUGCAAAUUCUUGUGAAUUACAACAGAGCACACAAGUUCCAAAACUUUUACAAUUACGGAAAGUAGAUGAAACUGUAGAUACAAUAAAUGAUCAAUUUAUAGAACCUAGUAUUAAAUCUCAGUUGCAUCAGAAAACUAAUAAUAUUGCAAAACAUAAUUUGUCUUCCAAACAAAAUAUUCAAAAUGUCAGCUCUAAUAUUGUUGAUUCCAAACGUGAUAUUUUAACAAAUGAAGUAAAGAAAAAUGUACCAGUUGAUACUCCGCAAAAUAAAGUAUCUUCAAUACAAGCAACAGCGAAAAAUCUUAAAAAGAAUUAUUCAAAUGAAAAAUUUGCAAAUCAAUCUCAGACUCAGACAUCUUUGGGUCAAAAGAAAAAUCGUAAAAUACGAGUGAAUGGUUUUAAUGCAAAGAAAGCUUUAUCUGACAAUCAUGGUCUUUCUAGUAAAAAAGCUGUGACAGUAGUCAGAAUAGCUGAACAAAAUACAGAUGUAGAUAUAUCACUUUUAACCGCUUCAUAUAUUUUACCCUACUGCAUACAACAAAACUGUAUAAAUUUUGAUCAAAAGAAAAAUAACUCAGGCGAGCAUUGUUCUGCACAAUCUGGAAACCUGGCUCGCGAAGAGCGUAUACUGAAAUACAAGAAUCUCUUGCAGCGUCAGGCUUUGCAACUCUUUUCAGUAAAAUCUAUGCAGAAAAAUCCACUUCAUGUAGCUCGGCAACGUUUACUUUGUGUUGAUCGACUGUUACGCAAAUAUAAAGACGUUUUUAAUGAAAAACAAACCAUUAAUAUAUGUUCUGUACCUUCUUGCAAUGAUCAUGCUUUGGAUAUGGCUACAAAUUGCGUAAAACAUAUUGUGAAGAAUCCCGCACAACCAUUAUUUUCCUAUUGUUCCGCUAAGCUUUCGGAUAAUACACAAUGCCCUAUAACAGUGUUUGAUAUAAUGAAUGAUAUUCCACUUUGCAAUGAACACGCGCAUAAGCGUGGGGAAUAUACAAAUAUUGCAAAUGAACAACGUAAAAUGUCUACAAUUACUCUAACACCACAGAAUCAUCGAAGUGGUCCACAACCAGAAGCGCAUAUUAGUGUUGCUAAUAAUAAAAAAUUACAUUUAUCAAAAUUAACUGCGCCACGCAAACGUAAAUUAACAUUGGUAAAUCCAGUUGGUCGUCCACAAAAGCGUAAUAAAAAAAUGCAAUCAAGUGCCGUUGAACCAAAAAUUGUACCAGUAUCUGCAGUGUUGCAACGUAAGAGUAGUACAACAUCGCUCGAAUCAAUAGCCAGUAAUUCGCAUUCAUCCAACUCACAAUUAUAUAUGCCGUCCAAUUCAUUGGCACCUCCAGCUUUAGCUCCACUCAGUUACAGUGGAAAUAUGAUAUCACCACAGCGUAAGCUUAAUUUUGGCACUCUUGAUGCCAAUGUCAAUGAUGACAAGAAGGCACAUGAUAUUAACCAAAUUGUUGCACAAUUUACAAUGCUGGCGAACAAGCACGAAGCAAAUAAUAUAAACCAUUCAAACGGCAUUUUCAAUAACAACAACAAUAUGAAUUUUAUGAACACUAACUCCAACUCGAACUUUACGUCGGGACUUUUUUCAACCUCAUCAUUACCUUCAACUGAUGAAUUACUAACACAGGAUAUGCUAAGCAUGUGCGAGAAUAGUUCUGCUUAUGCUAGUUCAGAAGAUACUGGACUUGGCGGUUUAAGUGAAUCUGAAAUUAUUCCUGGACCACAUGAUGAUGACAUACCCUUAGACGAUACACAUUUGCUUGAAGAAAAUGAUUUAGAUAAUGUGCUCAAUUCUUUGCCUGUAGAUGCUUUCAACGAAUUAUUUACUGCUGUGCGUCAAGAUGAAUGUGAUGAAGUGGAACGUGCUUUAGCGCUUGCCGAUAAACAUUUAAAAAGUUUACAACAAACUAUCGGUUCUGAUUCAGAUUUCCUCGGAGAUUUUCUAGAUGUGAACGAAGAUUUUUUAAAUGAUGAAGAUAUAUGUAGCAACAUUGACACUUCGGCAUUAUUUAUUGAUAGCGGUACGAAUGGUGGAUCUGGUGGUGGCACCUCUGGUAAUUGUUCAACUAUAACGGAUGUUCGCGGUUUAGUACAAACAUAAAUUUAGUUCAGUUAUUCGAUAGCAAAAAAAAAAA